GGGCGCGGGCACGCUGCGUCACCGCGCAGCCGUACCCGGAGACCGUUACGACCAGUGACCGCGUCAGACACACAGCGAGCGGCACGGAGAGGAGGCCGCUGACACCGCGGGGACCAUACCGGAGCCGAGCCUCAGUGAUCCCACCGACCGCCCCUGGCUCUGCCACGGCUGUGAGAGCGCCAUCCCGGAGAUGGCGUAUCCUUUAAUCUUUCUUGUGGGGCUGUGUAUGUGUCCUGUUCUGUACACCAGUGCUCAGCAAGGUGGAACUGAAUGUCUAAAAGCGAAUGCCAAAUCAUGUGGAGAAUGCAUACAGGCUGGCCCAAACUGUGGGUGGUGCACAAAAGCGGGCUUCUUGCAAGACGGUGAACCAACAUCUGUACGUUGCGACGACCUGGCUGCAUUGAAAAGUAAAGGGUGCACAGAGGACGAUAUUCAGAAUCCGAGAGGUAGUAAGGAAAAGCUAAAAAACCAUCCCAUAACAAAUAAGGCCAAAGGAGAACGUAUGGAUCCGGCAAACAUUACCCAGAUUCGUCCUCAGCAGUUAAGAUUUGAGCUGAGAUCAGGAGAGCCCCAGACUUUUAAUUUGACAUUCAGAAGAGCUGAAGAUUAUCCCAUUGAUCUGUACUAUCUUAUGGAUCUGUCUUUUUCAAUGAAAGAUGAUUUAGAGAAUGUGAAAAGCCUUGGCACUGCUCUCAUGAGAGAAAUGGAACAGAUUACUUCAGACUUCCGGAUAGGCUUUGGAUCUUUUGUAGAAAAAACGGUUAUGCCUUACAUUAGCACCACUCCUGCUAAACUCAUCAACCCUUGUACCACUGACCAGAACUGCACUAGUCCAUUCAGUUAUAAGAAUGUUCUUAAUUUGACAAGUGAUGGGAGACGAUUCAAUGAUCUAGUAGGCAAACAACAUAUCUCCGGUAAUCUAGAUUCUCCAGAAGGUGGAUUUGAUGCAAUAAUGCAAGUUGCUGUGUGUGGUGAACAAAUUGGUUGGAGAAAUGUCACACGCUUGUUGGUCUUUUCCACUGAUGCUGGGUUCCAUUUUGCUGGUGAUGGAAAAUUAGGAGGAAUUGUUCUCCCAAAUGAUGGGAAAUGUCAUAUGCAAGAUAAUAUGUACACCAUGAGCCAUUACUAUGACUAUCCAUCAAUAGCUCAUCUAGUACAGAAACUUAGUGAAAACAACAUACAAACUAUCUUCGCUGUGACUGAGGAAUUCCAGCCAGUUUACAAGGAAUUAAAGAAUCUGAUACCUAAAUCUGCUGUUGGAACGCUGUCUGCAAACUCCAGCAAUGUAAUACAGUUGAUCAUUGACUCCUACAAUUCACUUUCUUCAGAACUCAUUCUGGAAAACAGCAAGUUGCCAGAAGGCGUAACGAUCAAUUAUAAAUCCUUCUGUAAGAAUGGGGUUAUUGGUACAGGCGAGAAUGGAAGGAAAUGUUCCAACAUUUCUCUGGGAGACCAGGUUGAGUUUGAAAUAAGCGUCACCGCUCACAGGUGCCCCAAGAAUGACCAAAAAGACCAAACUGAAUCCAUUAAAAUCAAGCCAUUGGGAUUUACAGAAGAAGUAGAGAUCAUUCUGAAAUUUAUUUGUGAAUGUGACUGUCAGCAGACCGGACUCCCCGAUAGCCCAGAUUGUCACUUUGGAAAUGGCACAUUUGAAUGUGGAGCCUGCAGAUGUAAUGAAGGCCGUAUUGGGAAGGACUGCCAGUGCAGCACAGAACAGGUUAGCAGUGAAGAUAUGGAUGCUCAGUGCAGGAAGGAGAAUAGUUCUGAGAUCUGCAGUAACAAUGGGGACUGUGUCUGUGGGCAAUGCCUGUGCAGGAAGAGGGACAAUCCUUCUGAAUCCUACUCUGGCAAACACUGUGAUUGUGACAACUUCAAUUGUGACCGAUCUAAUGGGCUGAUUUGUGGAGGUAAUGGUGUGUGCAAAUGCAGAGUAUGUCACUGUUUCGAGAUGUUCACUGGAAGUGCUUGUGAUUGCUCACUGGACAAACGCACCUGUAAGGCAUCAAAUGGGCAGGAAUGUAAUGGAAGAGGAAUAUGCGAGUGUGGAAGGUGCAAAUGUACAGACCCGAAAUUCCAAGGACCCACUUGUGAGAUGUGUCAGACCUGUCUUGGUGUUUGUGCUGAACACAAGGAAUGUGUCCAGUGCAUUGCGUUCCCUAAAGGAGAGAAGCAGCCAGCCUGCAAUAAUUGCAAAGCUUUCAAUUACACUAUUGUGGACAGCCGUGAUAAGUUGCCCCAGCCUGGGCAGAAAGAUGCUCUCACACACUGCAAAGAGAAAGAUGCGGAUGACUGUUGGUUCUACUUCACCUACUCUGUCCAGGCAAACACAGAGGUUCACGUGCACGUUGUGAAAGACCCAGAGUGUCCUAGUGGUCCUGACAUCAUUCCCAUUGUUGCUGGUGUGGUUGCGGGAAUUGUCCUCAUCGGGCUGGCUUUACUGCUUAUAUGGAAACUUCUUAUGAUCAUUCAUGACAGAAGAGAGUUUGCUAAAUUUGAAAAAGAAAAGAUGAAUGCCAAAUGGGACGCUCAAGAGAAUCCUAUUUACAAGAGUCCUAUAAAUAAUUUCAAGAACCCAAACUAUGGACGCAAAGCUGCUCUCUGAUUCUCAGGUGAAAACCCCAUCUACAAGAGCGCAGUGACAACGGUGGUGAAUCCGAAAUAUGAGGGAAAAUGAAUAACUAGUGUACAUCUUACUACACUGUAUGCUAACUAGCCAUAUUUUUUUUGUUUUUCGUACCCACCCGCUGGUCUCAGAUGGGCAGUACAGCAGUGAUUUACUAAAGCAUUACAGUGUAUGACACAGAUUUUCACAAUGUACAGUUAAUGUAAAAAGCAAAGAACUGCAAAAUCUGGUUUGCAAGAAAAUGUAAUGGGUGCCAUUGGACUGUCAAAACAAAUUAGACUGCGUAGUUUCAUAGUCGCUGAAGGUCACGCUGUGCCUUUUUGACCUAUUUGACCUAUCUCUGCAAGCAGCUAUCUUUCGUUUUCUUUGUGGGGUGGGUUAAUCACUGAAGGCUUUGCCGAUGAAAGUAUUAUAGUGAUAGGUCUUCUUCACAAGGAAAAUCAGGGCUGGAAUUUACGAACCAUGUGAAUGUGAUGGAUACCUCAGACUUUUAGCAUGAUCAGCAGGCUUGGGAAGUAGAAUAAUGUAGGAUGGGGUUUGUGACCUAUAUUAUGUAUGAAUGUUCGUGCAAGUGAGCAAAGAAGCAAAAUCUUUUUGAAUGAAUGUACUACAUGGUCCUGGAGUAUGCCUCUGUAAGCGGUAAAUUCUAGCUCUGAAUGAAUUGCUGCCUGGCUUUAAACAAAUAACGCACUGAUUGGGUAUUUAUAACCCAUAAAUCAGGUCAGUGUUUUUGUUUUGAAAUCUGGUGCUUCCUUGUCUUCCUAAUCACUUACUGCCUUUUUGUCAGGACUUAAACUCAAGCUGUAAAAUUAUAAUUGUGUCUCUGGUUACUCACGCUGUGACCAUUUCAUUAUAAAGCCUUGUCACAUACUUUUUGUGUUACUAUUGUGCCAUACGGAUUCAGUGUAUAUUGGCCUUCAGACCAUUUGCUUUGCCUGUGUUUAAUGUUUGUCACAAUCAUGUUUUUAAGUGCCUUUUUAUUUUAGCAGGUGUUCACUUUUUACAAUACUGUUAAUUGAACUUAUUUAUUAAAUAAAACAACUUAAAAAAUGUA